UUUCUCCCACUGGAGACCUCUUGAGGCUCUCCCACUCACUGUCUGCAUCUCUGUCCCCAUCUCUCUGUCUCCAAUCUAAGUCUCCGUCUCCACCUGCCUGUCAUUGUCUUUGUAUCUCUGUGACUCUCAUUUCUUUUCUGUCUCCUGCCAUCUCUGUGUGUGCUUCCUUGUCUCUCUGCCCUUGUCCUCCUCCCCCCUCCUCUCUAAAGCCUGGAUCUCUGUGUCACUUAAGGUGUCAGACCCUCUCCUCCCCGGAGCCACCUGGAGGAGAGCCAGGACUGGAACAAUGGCAGUGCCCAGUCUGUGGCCCUGGGGAGCAUGCCUGCUUGUGAUCUUCCUCUCCCUGGGAUUUGGCCUGGACACACUAGAGGUGUGCUCCAGCCUGGACAUCCGCUCAGAGGUGGCAGAGCUGCGUCGGCUGGAGAACUGCAGUGUGGUAGAGGGCCACCUUCAGAUCUUGCUCAUGUUCACGGCCACAGGGGAGGACUUCCACGGCCUCAGUUUCCCACGCCUCACCCAGGUCACCGACUACCUGCUUCUCUUCCGUGUCUAUGGCCUGGAGAGCCUGCGUGACCUCUUCCCUAACCUAGCGGUCAUCCGCGGUGCCCACCUCUUCCUGGGCUAUGCACUGGUCAUCUUUGAGAUGCCACACCUGCGUGACGUGGGGCUGCCAGCACUGGGGGCCGUGCUGCGUGGGGCCGUGCGUGUGGAGAAGAACCAGGAGCUCUGCCACCUCUCCACCAUUGACUGGGGCCUGCUGCAGCCUGCACCUGGUGCCAACCACAUCGUGGGCAACAAGCUGGGCGAGGAGUGUGCUGAUGUAUGUCCUGGUGUGCUGGGUGCUGCUGGCAAGCCCUGUGCCAGGACCACAUUCAGCGGGCACACUGACUACAGGUGCUGGACCUCCAGCCACUGCCAGAGAGUGUGUCCCUGCCCCCAUGGACUGGCCUGCACAGCAGGCGGCGAGUGCUGCCACGCUGAAUGCCUGGGGGGCUGCAGCCGGCCGGAAGACCCCCGAGCCUGUGUAGCCUGCCGCCAUCUCUACUUCCAGGGUGCCUGCCACCGAGCUUGCCCUCCAGGCACCUACCAGUACGAGUCCUGGCGCUGCGUCACAGCUGAGUGCUGUGCCAGCCUGCGCUCUGUGCCCAGCCGUGCCUCCACCUUCGGCAUCCACCAGGGCAGUUGCCUAGCCCAGUGCCCUCCAGGCUUCACCCGUAAUGGCAGCAGCAUAUUCUGCCACAAGUGCGAGGGGCUGUGCCCCAAAGAGUGCAAGGUAGGCACCAAGACCAUCGACUCCAUCCAGACGGCACAGGAUCUGGUGGGCUGCACCCACGUGGAGGGGAGCCUCAUCCUCAACCUUCGCCAGGGCUACAAUCUGGAGCCAGAGCUGCAGCGCAGCCUGGGGCUGGUAGAGACCAUCACUGGCUUCCUCAAAAUCAAGCACUCCUUUGCCCUCGUGUCGCUGAGCUUUUUCGAGAACCUCAAACUAAUCCGUGGGGACCACAUGGUGGAUGGGAACUACACUCUGUACGUGCUGGACAACCAGAACUUAGAGCAGCUGGGGUCCUGGGUGGCCACGGGGCUCACCAUUCCUGUGGGCAAGAUCUACUUCGCCUUCAACCCGCGCCUCUGCUUGGAGCACAUCUACCGAUUGGAGGAGGUGACCGGCACGCGAGGCCGACAAAACAAGGCUGAGAUCAACCCCCGCACCAACGGAGACCGCGCCGCCUGCCAGACCCGCACCCUGCGCUUCGUGUCCAACGUGACGGAGGCAGACCGCAUCCUGCUGCGCUGGGAGCGCUACGAGCCGCUGGAGGCCCGCGACCUGCUCAGCUUCAUCGUGUACUACAAGGAGUCCCCAUUCCAGAAUGCCACGGAGCACGUGGGUCCAGAUGCCUGUGGAGCCCAGAGCUGGAACCUGCUGGAUGUGGAGCUGCCCCUAAGCCGCACCCAGGAGCCAGGGGUGACCCUAGCCCCCCUCAAGCCCUGGACACAGUAUGCGGUAUUUGUGCGGGCCAUCACACUGACCACUGCUGAGGACAGCCCACAUCAAGGAGCCCAGAGCCCCAUUGUCUACCUCCGAACCCUGCCCGCUGCGCCCACGGUGCCCCAAGACGUCAUCUCCACGUCCAACUCCUCCUCCCACCUCCUGGUGCGCUGGAAGCCACCGACCCAGCGCAAUGGAAACAACACCUACUACCUAGUGCUGUGGCAGCGGCUGGCAGAGGACGGCGACCUCUACCUCAAUGACUACUGCCACCGUGGCUUGCGGCUGCCCACCAGCAACAACGACCCGCGCUUCGACCGCCAGGACGGGGAUCUUGAGACAGAGACGGAGCCCGGCUGCUGCCCGUGCCAGCACUCACUUCCUGGGCAGGUCCUGCCCCCGCUGGAGGCGCAAGAGGCCUCGUUCCAGAAGAAGUUUGAAAACUUUCUACACAACGCCAUCACCAUCCCCAAAUCCCCUUGGAAGGUGACGUCCAUCAACAAGAACUCCCAAAGGGAUUCAGAGCGGCACCGCCGGGCCGCCGGGUCCCUCCGACUGGGGGGAAACAGCUCGGAUUUUGAGAUCCAGGAGGACAAGGUGCCCCGGGAGCGAGCGGUGCUGAGCGGCCUGCGCCACUUCACAGAGUACCGGAUCGACAUCCAUGCUUGCAACCACGCGGCACACACUGUGGGCUGCAGCGCCGCCACCUUCGUCUUUGCACGCACCAUGCCCCACAGGGAGGCGGAUGGUAUCCCAGGGAAGGUGGCCUGGGAGGCAGCCAGCAAGAGCAGUGUCCUCCUGCGCUGGAUCGAGCCACCGGACCCCAACGGACUCAUCCUCAAGUAUGAAAUAAAGUACCGCCGCUUGGGAGAGGAGGCCACAGUGCUGUGCGUGUCUCGUCUGCGAUAUGCCAAGUUUGGAGGAGUUCACCUGGCCCUGCUACCCCCUGGAAACUACUCUGCCAGGGUUCGAGCAACCUCACUGGCUGGCAAUGGCUCCUGGACAGACAGUGUUGCCUUCUACAUCCCUGGCCCAGAGGAAGAGGACUCCGGGGGAUUACAUGUCCUCCUCACUGUCACCCCUGUGGUGCUCAUGCUGCUCAUCAUUCUUGCUGCCCUCGGUUUCUUCUACGGCAAGAAGAGAAACAGCACUCUGUAUGCCUCUGUGAAUCCAGAGUACUUCAGCGCCUCUGAUGUGUACAUCCCUGACGAGUGGGAGGUGCCCAGGCAGCAGAUCUCCAUAAUCCGGGAACUGGGCCAGGGCUCUUUUGGGAUGGUAUACGAGGGGCUGGCACGAGGACUUGAGGCUGAAGAGGAGUCCACGCCAGUGGCCCUGAAGACAGUGAAUGAGCUGGCCAGCCCCCGGGAACGCAUUGAGUUCCUCAAGGAAGCCUCUGUAAUGAAGGCAUUCAAGUGUCACCAUGUGGUGCGUCUCCUGGGUGUUGUGUCUCAGGGCCAGCCAACUCUGGUCAUCAUGGAGUUAAUGACCCGUGGGGACCUCAAGAGCCAUCUUCGAUCUUUGCGGCCUGAGGCAGAGAACAACCCUGGGCUCCCACGGCCAGCACUGGGGGAUAUGAUCCAAAUGGCUGGUGAGAUUGCAGAUGGCAUGGCCUACCUUGCUGCCAACAAGUUUGUGCAUCGAGACCUGGCGGCCCGCAACUGCAUGGUGUCCCAGGACUUCACCGUCAAGAUCGGGGACUUCGGGAUGACUCGGGACGUGUAUGAGACAGAUUAUUACCGCAAGGGUGGGAAGGGGCUGCUGCCUGUGCGCUGGAUGGCCCCCGAGUCCCUCAAAGAUGGAAUCUUCACCACCCACUCGGAUGUCUGGUCCUUCGGUGUGGUGCUCUGGGAGAUUGGGACCCUGGCUGAACAACCCUACCAGGGCCUGUCCAAUGAGCAGGUGCUCAAGUUUGUCAUGGACGGUGGGGUCCUGGAGGAGCUGGAGGGUUGUCCCCAUCAGCUGCAGGAGCUGAUGAACCGCUGCUGGCAGCAGAACCCACGCCUGCGCCCAACCUUCACCCACAUCCUGGACAGCAUACAGGAGGAGCUGCGACCCUCCUUCCGCCUCCUUUCCUUCUAUUACAGCCCAGAGUGCCGGGGGGGUCGGGGCUCCCUGCUGCCAACCGAUGUGGAGCCUGAUUCCCCACCAACCCCAAGAGAAGCUUCCUCAAGCUGCAGCCCCCAAAAUGGGGGUCCAGGGCAUUGAGAGGCACCCCAUUCCCUGGCUGACUGGUCUCCAUGGGCACAGAGGAAGUGACCCAACUUUGGGGCCCUGAGAUGUCCAGAUGUUCACUCCCGUCCCCCACCCCCACUCAGACAGGACAGGGGUGGCCAAAGGUGGGGCAGAGACAGGAGCAGGAAAGAUUGCAGGGAGAGGGUGGUCAGAGCAGACUCAGUGCAGGAAGACUUUCUCAGCAGUCUGAGUUCCCCAUGAGGAAGCAAGCAGGGUAGCAGCUGGAGGAGUGCAGAGCACACCGUGGUCAGCUGUCCUGCCCUCAGAGAGUGAGAGACCCUACUCAGACUAAGAGACAGCCUGCCCACCCUGGAGACAGCAUCUGGAGAACCCUGCCCUCAGCGUGUGUCUCCUGUGGUCAUCUGGGGCCAUCACUGUGCUUGAAACCAGAUGGGCAAUCAGAACCAGGCCUGGAACCCUCUGCGUCCAUGUUGGAUGCAGAGGAUGGGGUGUCCAUAUGACUGUCCUCACCACUGUGUUUCACCUCCCCACCCCCACACCACACACCUGGUGGUGUGGGGAAAACCCAGGGGCCUGGACAAGAGGGUUCCAGCCUGGCCCUGUUAGACCUGCCCUCACCUAUUCCUCUCCUCUUGCCCCACCCAGGGACCCCAAGCUUGGUCCCCUUUUCUCCAGGGACAUCCCUUGGUGCAUGUCCACCCUUUUCCCAUUCUCUUCCCCUCAGAUAUUAGUCUGGGAUUAUUAAGGCUUUGGAGCCUUGUUUUCCUCCUUCCCCUCACUGACCCCUGCCCCCACCCACCUCUCGUGGGAAGACUGAAGAAGGCACAAUAAAUGCUGAGAUCUGUUUGUA